UGGGCUUCCACUGUCCACAAAAUGCAAGGCAACACUGUAGACCACGCCACGCAGUUGUGUAUUGUAUCAAGGCUCGGAAUUGUUUGAAACGGAGAAGCGUAUGUAGCUCUAAUUCCAUGCACGAUCAUAAUACAUCAAGCAAAUAGCCAAUAACUUUUGGCGGGAAUGUCUUUUUCUGGGUGCUAACUGCCAACAAAACACAACUAGAGUGAAGAGUAUGGUUAUGCAAAUUCAAGGCGUAUUCGUGUUCGCAGUUCGAAAAUUAUAGGAUCGUCGAAAAUAGUUACCUAGCUGGCGCAAAACUUUUCAAGUCUCAACUGUACGACUACAUUUGACAGUUCGAAAACCGUUCAAAGAAUCGAACCCUCAUGCGGCUUCAGAUUAGUAAAAAGAAAGCUACCCAGAUCUUUACAAAAUUUUAAAAUAGAAAGCAGAUUCAAAAUCAGAUAUGACAAAAGAUUUAUCACCUUCACAGGUGAGGCCGUGUGGAACUAUUCCAUCGGUUAUAUCUAUAGUUUGCAGAAUUUGUUAUGAUUGUGAUAAAGAAGAGGAAUUAAUAACACCAUGCAAUUGCAAAGGAACAGUAGCAUUCGUUCAUCGAUCGUGUUUAGAAACUUGGUUGGGUGAAUCCAAUUCCACAACAUGUGAACUAUGCCAUACUAUAUUUAAAACUGAGAGAACUCCAAGGUUUACAUCAAGUAGAUCCAUUUGGUACUGGUGUCGACACCCACCAACUGGAGCAGCACAAGGAGUUAGAAAUGACAUUCUUGCAUGUGGAAUCAUUACACCUCUUGCCAUAGUUAUAACCUAUGUGUGCCUAUUCUCCUCGGAAUAUUACAAUCAACAAAAAUUUUCCAACGUCCCAGCAGCUCGAUGGACAUCAGUUUCACUUCUUGUUAUGAUAGGGAUAAUGCUCAUUGGGUACUAUAUGUGGGUAUAUUCUGUCAUUAGAAUGCAUGCUAGAAUGUGGUAUAAUUGGUGGCAAAGAACAUGUGAUGUGAGAUAUAUUCCUCACAGUAGAACUCGCAUGGAUACAUUACAAAAUUUAAAUAAUCAUAAUCAGCCUGAUUUUUCUUCCAUUAUCAACUUGGCAGAGGGAAGUGAUUACACUGUAUCUUCUACUGCAGUAAAUGUUAAUCUUGAUGUACAUUCAGUUGAAAACGAGGUUGAAGCAGUGCAACAAAACAAUUCAACAGUUACUACUGAAAAUUAUACUAUCUUAUUAUUAUCUGGGGAUAAUGCUAUGAACAGACCCAAAAGCGAAGUGAAACUUCACAAGAUACAGGAAACCAUAGUUUAAUCUUUUCCUAGAAAAAGAUGUUGAGGAAAUUGAAAUACAAAAUGUCAAUGUGAUUACCUAAGUCGGCCACUCACAGAAAAUAAAGUUAUAUGAAUAUAGAAAUUUU